AUGGAGGAGCAGCUAGCCUUGGAGCAUGAUUGCCUGCUUCCACUGGAGAGGCAGUUCCAUGAGGCAGCCAGACGGAACAACGUCGGGAGGAUGAAAGAAUUGAUUGCAAUGGGAGUCAAUAUCAGAGCCAAAAACAAUGUGGGCAGGAUGGCACUACACUGGGCUUCUGGGGCCGGCCACGAGCAAGCCGUGAGACUACUCCUGGAGUAUGAAGUGUCUGUGGAUGACAAGGAUAUGUACGGGAUGAAUGCACUGCUUCUCUCUGCCUGGUUUGGCCACUUGAGGAUCCUACAGAUGCUAGUCAACUCAGGGGCCAAGAUCAACUGCGAGGACAAGCUGGAUCGGACAGCUUUCCAUUUGGCAGCUGAGCAUGGGCAGCUUGACGCUCUGGACUUCUUGAUUGGCUCUGGCUGUGACCACGGCAUCAAGGACAAGGCAGGGAACACGGCCCUCCAUUUGGCAGGAAAGAAUGGCCAUUCUGCUGUGCUCCAGAGGAUUAUAGAGAUUGGACUGGACCUAGAAGAGAAAAAUGCAGAAGGCUUCACUGCGCUGCACAUGGCGGCUGAGGGAGGCCACUUGGACUGCGUGCGGCUCCUGAUUCAGGCGGGCAGCAAGGUCAACGCGCAGACCCAGAAACAAAUGAAUUGUCUUCACUAUGCUGCCCUCCACGGCUUUGAUGACAUCGCUCAAGUCCUCAUUGAUGCUGGGAUCAGUGUAGAUGCUGCAAAUCAUCAAAAUGCAUCUCCAAUCCACAUCGCGGUGCUAAACAACUUCCCUUCCCUAGUCAGGCUCCUCAUCAAGGCAGAAAUCGACCUCGAUGCCACCGACAAUAGGCACCAGACGCCACUUCACAUUGCUGCUGAGAACUCGAGACAAGACAUAGCGGAAAUGAUCCUCAUCGCAGGAGUGAACUUAAAUUUGACAGAUAAGCAAGGAAAAACAUCGUUGGACGUUGCUGCCCGUAGCAACCACAUCAGCUUGGCAGAUAUGAUCAUAAAAGCAGAUCGAUUUUACAAAUGGGAACAGGACAACCUCAGAACUGACCCCGACUCUUGGGCUGUGAAACCCUUAAGCUUUAAGCAGGAUCAUGGGGUGGAAACGCAGCAUAUCCGCUCAGUAAUGUGGCGCUUAGCCACCAAAUACCUCAAGCACAAUGACUGGAAGAAGCUGGCACAUUACUGGAAGUUUACGGAUGCACACAUUCGUGCUAUUGAACAGCAAUGGACAGGCACUAAGAGCUACCGGGAACACGGCCACAGAAUGUUGCUUAUCUGGCUCCACGGUGUAAUCAUGGCAGCUGAAAACCCAAACAAAGGACUAUAUGAAGGGCUCGUGGGAAUUGGCAGAAGAGAUCUCGCUGAAAGCAUCAGAAAGAAAGCAAAUGCAGACUGCAACUCCUCCAAAAAAUGCACAGCGAUGUGA